ACGGAGUACAUUUUCUCUCAGCAAGGCGGUAUUAAUUACCCGCCUUAAUGACUUUAUUUCUAUGGUUGCGUGUAUUUGCCAGGCUUUACACUGUAAACUGCCAGACUUAAAAUAACAAUGACAUGGGACUUCUCUGAGGGCAACUUAUAGGAUACCUGUGCGUAACGCGAACUUUCAGAUGUGCUGAACCAAGAACCUUUACAAGAACUGCUCAGGGCAGGUAAGAGCCACGGCAGCUGUCGGCGAGUAACGGUUUCUGUCAAAAACUCCAGGGACCUGCUGGCUGGGAGACAUGGGAGACAUUCAGAAGAAAUCAGACAGCGACAAUUCUGGUCAAGUCGAUGAGGAGGUAGCUCUACCGUCCACAUCAGCUGGUCAAAGGAAAUGUGCGUCGGUGGAAAACUGUUGUGUCUGUGAUGCCCCACUGCACCCUAGUCAGUCGCCACAGCUCUUCCCAUGUUUACACUCUGCUUGCAACACAUGCCUGUCAAAGCUGCACGUGGAGGAGAGCAACACCAAAUCCAUCGAAUGUCCCUUCUGCAAGAAAUCAUUCAGCAUCACAGAAAUCACAAAAAAUGGGAUCUAUAAUGACCAGAGGCUUCAUGCUCCUGAGAAGGGUGAUGUAUUUAAGUGUGGUGGAUGUGAGGAGCUUGCGAUCAAUGGCUGGUGCAAGGACUGUGGGGAGUUUCUGUGCUCCGAUUGCGUGUCUGCUCAUAACCGGGUCAAACUAACACGGAGUCACACCAUUGUACCACAGGAGCUGUCCUCGGGUUCCCAGCGAACUCUCUACUGUUUCAGCCAUAAGGGAGAACCAAUCAAGUUCUUCUGCACAACCUGCAACCAGCUCACCUGUCGCAACUGUCAGUUGGUGGAUCACAGAAAUCACAAUUACCAGAUGUUGUCGGAGAUGAUAUCAGCCGUAAAGGAGAGGCUCCAGACUCUACGGGAUCAGGUGAUCAAGCAGAAGAGGAAAGUCAGCCAGAGUGUUCAGGAGCUGGAGCAGAGGCUACAGAACGUCACUCAGCAGAAGAAGUCGUUAAAGAAGAAGCUCUCCCUGGUGGUGUUGAAGAUGUAUCGAGCCAUGCUGUUGAAGGCUGCACAACUCUUCCAGUCAAUCACGGUUGUGUAUGAGAGAGAAGAAGCGCAGCUGUCCCAUCGGAAAGCCACUCUAAUGACGAUGGAGGAAAGACAGGACUACAUCGCCUCCUUCAUUGAAAAAACCCUUAGCGCUGAAGGCACUGCUGGAGUCCUUCUCAAAAACAAUAUUGAAAGCCAGGUUAAAGAUCUCCUUUUCCUGAGUACUUUUCCGGCGUGCUCCAUGGUUGAGAUAAAGGUCCAGAUUAAUCGGGGCAUCAUGGCAUCAGUGCAGAACUUUGGGGGCAUCUCAAUCAAAAUGGUGCCCUUCUCACCGGACCAGAGUGACCCUGUGAUUGAGGCUGAUGUGUCUGUCACAGACUGCGGUGCCACUGACUCCAGUAGCCUACAGACCUCUUCCCCGGACUCCUCCACCCCCCACGCAGCGUUACUCUCCGACUUGCCCCUGGCAUCGGCGUCAGCGUCAGUGUCAGUGUCAGCAUCUCAUCUGGGACAGUCUCACCCUGGCCUGACUGAUCUGCUCCGUGCUGUUGCACCUUCCACAUCCACCGCUGCUCCUCCUCACCUUACUCCUCCUCCACCUCACGUUCUUUCUCACCCUCCUCCUCCACCUCCUCCUCCUGCUGGUCCUCCACCUCCUUAUCCUCACCCUCCUCCUGCUGCACCUCCGUCAUCCUCUGCCAUUCAGCCCCCUUGCGUUUCCUUGUCCAACCAGCCACAGCAUGCUAACCUGCUCAAUGCUGUUACGCCUUUCACAUCCACUGCUCCUCCUCCUCACCUUACUCCUCCUCCUCCACCUCUUCCCCACCCUCCUCCUCCUGCAUCCUCCACUGUCUCUCAGCUCUCUUGCGUUUCCUUGUCCAACCCGGCGCAGCACGGGGGGCACAGUGUUGUUUCACCGCUGGCGUGCGCAGCAUCAGCCGUCGCGUGUCUCCAACGGCCGCCUCAGCCGGACACGAUCGCCCUUCGGCGUCCUCCUCUUCCUCCUCUUCCUCCUCCGACGCCGGCGGUAAGGGCAGCGUCUGCACCACAAGCACAGGACCGCCUGCAGCCGGCACCGUCAGCAGACCAAACCAGGGGUCAGACGCCAUCCCUGUGUCGUCCUGCGUCUGCACCGCAAGCACUGGACCGGCUGCGUCUGGCAUCAUCAGACCAGACGAGCUCCUCUCUCUCUCGGGAGCCAUCCAUGUGCCGCUCUGCGUCUGCACCGCAAGCACUGGACCACCUGCGGCUGCCAUCGUCGGACCAAUCCAGCCCUUCUAUCGCUCUUGUAAAAGAGGAGCUUGACACGAACAGCCCUACGUCAUCAGUAGAAGCCGCGUCUGCACCGCAAGCACAAGACUGCCCGCUGCUUGCACCACCGGACCAAACUAGCCUUUCUCCUUGUAAUGUGAAACAGGAGCCUGACGUGUACAGUAUUCAACAAAGCACUCCUGCUUCUGCAGACUCUGAGAAAGCGUACCAGGCCGCCGUACCGGAUCGGGCUCGUUCCAAUGCAUCGGACCGCCGCCUCUUGGAGAUCGUGCAGCAGAUACAGGUGGAUGCGGAGGGUGUUGCUGCAGCGCACGCCAGGACAAAUCCAAAACCGGGUCCCGGCACGUCCAGAAGCCUCGGUGUUCUGGAGUCGGUCUCGCAACCAGCAACUCUGUCGUCGUCGUUAGUCACACCGCUUGGUGCGCAGUGUGUAUCGUCGGACUUGAGAACAACGCAGCCGAUAAUACCAGGCAAAGCUCAGUCUCAUUCAGCUAGUGCAUGGUUGAUGGCUCAUCAGGAGCAAGUUGACGCUGAAAGACUGGCUCAGCUGGCGGCAAAACCAGGCCACGACCAGCCUCCAUAUCCUCACACCUCCAGUGUGGCAGGAAAAUACGAUCUGGUGUCGCUCCUUAAGCGGCCCCCCCUGCAACAAGCUCAGGGUGGUUCCACCACAGACUCCAAAGGGACACCUCCAGUAGGCCUACCAUGCCAGACUGCAGCUCAGCCCCCAGUACCACAACAACACACUGCAGCUCAGGUCUUGGGAACAAAUCAGACUGCACCUCAGCUGUCAGUUCCACACCACCAGAGUGUGCCUCAGCUCUUAGUGCUAAACCACUCUGUGCCUCAGCUCACAGUACAAAACCAAACUGCACUUCAGCCGUCAGUACCACACCUGACUGCAUCUCAGUCUUCAGUACCACACCAGAUUGUGCCUCAGCUCUCAGUGUUGAACCAAAUUGCACUUCAGCUGUCAGUACCACACCAGAGUGUGCCUCAGCUGUCAGUAACAAACAAGACUGUGCCUCAGCCCUCAGUACAAAACCAAAUUGCACUUCAGCCGUCAGUACCAAACCUGACUGCAGCUCAGCCGUCAGUACCACACCAAAGUGCCCCUCUGCCUUCAGUACCACACCAGACUGCGCGUCAGCUCUUAGUGCCAAACCAGACAGCAGCUAGGCCCUCAGUACAAAGCCAGAAUGUGGCUCAGCUUUCAGCACAAAACCAGAAUGUGCCUCUGCUCUUGGGAACUAACCAAACUGCACUUCAGCCGUCAGUACCACAGCAGAGUGCAUCGAAGCAUUCUGUACCAAACCUGACUUUGCCUCAACCCUCAAUACCACACCAGAGUGCAGCCAGGCCCUCAGUACCGCACCAGACUGUGGCUCUGCCUUCAGUACCACACCAGAAUGUGGCUCUGCCUUCAGUAGCGCACCAGAAUGUGGCUCAGCUGUCAGUACCGCACCAGAAUGUGCCUCAGUUCUCAGUACCGCACCAGAAUGUGGCUCAGCUGUCAGGAACAAGCCAGAGUGCAGCUAGGCUCUCAGUACAGAACCAGAAUGUGGCUCACCUCUCGAGACCACACCAGAGUGCCACUCGUCUGUCAGUACCACAGCAGAGCUCAGCUAACCAUUCUGUACCAAACCUGACUUUGCCUCAACCCUCAUCACUAAACCUGACUUUGCCUCAGCCCUCUUUACUACGUCUGACUGUGCCUCAGCUCUUAGUACCAAAGCAGACUGCAGCUCAUCCUUUAGUACCACAGAAGAGUGCAGCUAAGCAUCCUGUACAAAACCAGACUGCCCCCCAGCCGUCAGUAGCGCACCAAACUGUGCCUAAGCCGUUAGUACCAAAUCAGACUGCCGCUCAGCCUCACUCUUCAACCUCUCAACAGCUUCAGCACCCCUCUGGUAAAUCCUUGGCUCCUCAGAAUGUAACCACCACCAACAGCAAAGCUCUGUCACAGUCGACAACAAAACCCUCUUUCACCAAACCCCUUCAAAUUCAAAGCCAGCCUGUUUCUGCAGACCUCGGAAAAAGUUCGUCUCAGUCUAGUGUGCCCAAGCCUUCAUCUUCUCCCUCAAAAUUGGACCAGCUGGUGAAAAUGAAGUGGGCUCAGCACCGGCUCCAGAACCCCAGUAGGCCCGGAGAUGUUCGUCACGUGAGCUCCGCUCCAAUGCCACCGCAGACAGCAGCGCGACGCGUCUUCCCCAAAAAACCCUCUUGGGCUCAAUCUGCCUCCAAGGACAGAGGAAAGACUCAUUCUGCACCAAGCCAACGUCCACAGGUGUCCUCUCCAGCUGUCUCCGUGGCGCCUCAAGCAUCUACCGGUCCUUCUGCUAAGUCUCCGUCUAAGUUCCAGCGGAGGUCGUCAACGUCUGGCAACAUAAAGUGGAAAUUUCACGAUUAUGAGCCUCCCGCUGGACGUGAUGGUGAACGUCCGGGGAGAGCAGAGAAAAGGAAGCCUCCACAAGAGGGCGCUGCCCAGCAGCAGUUGACCACCGAGGCCAUAGAAUUACACCGCUCUUGGCUGUGUGGACUUCCCAGCAGUUUUCAGGCUGUUUUGGCGGUUUCUUCGGUCGGAAAUCCGGAGCAGGCUUCUCCACUAAAGGAGAAUGGAAAUACCAAAACCUCAUCAAAAGUGCCAGAAUCACCCUCAGCUGUUGUGCCAGGUACUGCCAGGAAAAAUGGUGACACACCCCCUUUGGCCCUCCAGACAUCUACCGAUCAGAAAAAGGACGAAAAGCAGACAGCUGAGGAGCAAGGGGAGAAGGCCAAACCACAGGCACGCACAGACGCCGAUCCACAGACACCCACAGGCGCCGAGGAAGAGACUAUUGCAGAGGCUGAACGACAGACACGCACAGGCGCAGAGAAAGACAGUAUUACAGACGCCGAGCCACAGACCGCCACAGACACCAAGCACCAAACACCCACAAAGGCCCAGAAGGAAGAUGCUGAUCUACAGACAGACGGUGAGGACCAGGAGGAGGAUGCUAAUCUACAUAUAGAUACAGAGGUUGAAGAGGAGGAGGAAGAAAAGGUGCCCACAGAGGCUGAGGAGGAAGAGGAGGAGGAAGAACCACAGACGCCUUCAGAGGACCAGGAGGAAGAUGCCGAACCACUGACACCCACAGUGGCUGAGGAGGAGGAGGAAGAGGAGGAAGAGGAACUAGAUAUAGACGUAGGGGAAGACCCUGAACCACAGACACCUACAGCAGCUCAAGAGGAGGAGGAAGAACAACAGACAGACACAGAGGACCAGGAGGAAGAGGAGGAGGAGCUGGAGGAGGAAGUACAUAUAGACAUAGAGGCUGAGGAGGAAGAGGAGGAGGAACCAGGGACACCCACAGAUCACGAGGAGGAGGAGGAACCAGGGACACCCACAGAUCACCAGGAGGAAGAGGAGGAGGAGGAACCAGGGACACCCACAGAUCACCAGGAGGAAGAGGAGGAGGAGGAACCAAGGACACCCACAGAUCACCAGGACGAAGAACAGACACCCACAAAGUCUGAGGAGGAGGAGAGGGAGGAAGAACGCAACUGGCUCAGUGUCAUUCCAAGCAGCAUACGUGUCCUCAUGGAUCUUCCUCCGGUUAAGAAGGCGAAGGAUUCUCACAAGAGGAACCGCGUGAAGAGAACAGUCCGUAAAGCAGCACAUGCUAGUGACGUGUCCUCAGUGACCUCCUCCGAUCAACAGGCCAGUGACACUGCCUCAGUGACCUCUGUCGAGUCCGGAAACACAGUGGACACUGCACGUAGCGCACUUUUGAAAAAGAUGAAGAGGUGUGAAGUUGGCUUGGUUCGACUCAGCAUAAAGCGCCCCCCUCCUGGAGAACCUCUCCCCCGGUUUAGAGUUCACACAGACGGCUCCCUGGACGAGAUCCCUCCCCACCACCGCUCUAAGAAGGAGCGGUCCUCAGCUGAUUGGGAGAGUGCAGCGUCCCCCGUGUCUCUCGAUAGCACUGAUGAUGAUGACGAUGAUGACGACGGGGGAUACACCUGCGACGUGUGCCACGUGGGCGGUGGCACCCUGAUCUGCAAGACGUGUGGCCGCUGCCUCCACGAACGCUGCCACGUCCCGCCAAUCAUGGUGGAGAACAUCUCCAGCAGGUGGCUAUGCUCGCUGUGUCAGGACCUGAGUGACUCCACUGACCCCUACAGGAGAGACAGGCACUGGAAGCCACUCCUGAGCCCCAUAGACCAGCGGAGAUGUGAGCACCUGCUGUUUGGCCUCAUGUGUAAGAACAGCAGCCUCCUUUUCCAGUUCAGUCCGGAUUCUGCGUCGUCGAUCAGCUUCGGCCUCAUCCACGGCCGUCUGUUAAGGAAGCGUUCUCCUCCGUACCGCACCCCCUCUGAGCUGGUAUCAGACGUCUGGGUGAUGCUAGACUCCCUUCUCUCCAAAUCUGAGGAUCCUUCAGGAGUGGUGGCGAUGCGGCGGUCCUUUGAGAAGAGGCUCAACAAGGUGUUUGGGGAAACACUGCACCCGUCUCUUCUGACGCCACCCAAUCAGAGCAGAGAAGGGGGGCGGGACAAAAGACAAAGGGACGAGGACGAGGACGAGGACAAGGACUCAGAAGAUGACUGCACGGAGCCCAUCAUCAAAAAAGCUCGCCGGGACUGGACUAGACCAAGAUGAGGGGUUGCUUCUAAACAGGGAAACUGACAGGUGGGGGGGAUGUCGUGCCGAAAAGCGAGUCCCUGCCAGAACACGAAUGCCCUCAUUGAAACCAAUGGAAACCAAUGACCAAUUUUUCAGAUAUUUUUUUACCCAUUUUUGCUGACAAAUCCGACACAAUUUAAGAUGGAAAGCCUAUCAAUAAAGCAUCUACAUUCAUUCUGGAAGUAUUACAAAGAGCUGGUUACAAUUUCAGUAUUAAUUCCAUAAAAUAAUUGAAGUAUUGUCAUAACAAAUGUUACGGUUUCAUUGAAAUAGCUCAUAUUAAGUGGAGGACGAGUAAUGUUUCAUAAGCAUAUGUUUAGUUCAUAAAUUGUGUAAUUAAUUAUGCAAAAAUUAGUAUAAUUUUCUCUCAAAAAAUGUCAUUGGUUUCAAUGAAGUCACUCGUGUUCUGGCAGGGACUCGGUUUCGGCACGACAGGGACAAGGGAGUCGGUUGUCCCGGGCCCAGGGACGGGACUAAACCAAAGGAGCCUACACUAAGAAGCUGAUUUAGGGGUAAACCAGGUUAAGUUAAGAGGUAAAUCAUCUAAUAAAAGAGCCUUGAGUCAUCAUUUUAGAAAAAAGAAGACUCCAGGCUCUUCUAUUAGAUGAUUCUUUACUUAACCUGGUUUACUCCUGAACCAGCUUCUUAGUACAGGCCUGAGGGGUUGCCUCUAAAAAUAUAUUUUGUUUACACAGACUGACAAACAAUUGUCACAAGUUUGUGGCUAAUGCUGUUGCCACAGUUCGGGACUAUAUGUGCCUUAAAAACAGUGUUGGGUUGCACCUGGCUGCAACGUGAAAUUCUGUGAAUUGCAUUCCAUUCUAUGCCAGUUGUUGAUUGUUUUUUUAUUAUUAUUAUUAUUAUUUGAAAAGAAAAUGUGCCAUUUGUGCCUUUUAUAGUUUUCAUGUCUGUCAUGUGCACAUGUUUAACUUUAAACUGAAAGGGAUGCUACUGGACAUGCACUAUAUAUAAUAUCUGCCCUUUCACUGGUUCCAAAGAUACUGUGUUCGUUCGCUAGGCAACCGCUCCAGCCCUUUCAAUGCAAGCUACAGCUACCUACUAUGGGAAUCUGUUGAUUUCUUGACAAUUUUACUGGGUGAUCUCUGGCAGAUCAUGUAUACAUACUGUUAAUAAUAAAAAAUAAAUGUGAAGAUGGGAAA